GAAAAUGUGAUUUUUAAAGAUUUUUCUAGUGCUAGAAGUGGUAAGAAGUCAUUCAACUUGGACUUCAGCUGAUCAGUGUUUAGCACCAACGCAGUUAAUCCAAAGAGAGAAGCAAUUUAGGGCGAGACAGUUGGUUUGUUGUGUGUUCUGUAGGGAAAAAUCAAUCCCUCCAGGUUUUCUGGAGCGAGAAACACGCCCUGAGAAACAUCAAAUGGCAGAUUUUAAAAAGUUCCCAUCUGCACUGAUUCAUUCUGCUUUUCAACCCCAGGUGGUGGAACAGGGUUGGGAGAGGGGAAACCAAGAAUGUUACAUAUGGAACAAUGAGAUUUGUGUGCUUUUAGGCAGCUCCUGGUUUAGUCCCAGGACGUGGUGACAACUGCCAGGAGGUGAAGGAGGUCUCACCACGAUGCUGCAUCUCCCUCCUGCUCACACAGAGCCUUCCCUGGGGGUGUUAUUUCAGAGCUGCUCUUCCAGGUCACACCAACUUUCACACCAUCUCCCUCCCCUUCCAGCAGCAAAACCCUCAGCUCUGCCUGCUGGAUCCAUGAAAACACCAGGAAUGAGGCCCCUGGGCUGUAUUAUGGGAAGCAGCAGGUGAUGAACACUCAAAAGGGCAAAUUUACUGAAGGACCAAGAGAGUUUUCUUUGCUUUAUUACAGCAAAUUAUUACAGCAAAUUACUCCACUAACAAAUCCAUGGGGUGGGAAGAUCUUGACUCUUAAAAUGAGGUUUCUUUCCGGGAUGGGAAAACCUCACAAAGUUCUGCUGCCAGUACGUAAUCCUUGGAGAGUUAUCCAGCUGCUUUUCUUCCUAUUACACCUUAGAAUGCCUGUUUUCAAAGCCUGUCCCUCUGGGUUCCCAUUUUGGCUGUUAUUCCUGGUCCUCCUGCACCUGGAAGCAGCAAUUUGCCAUCCUGUUGUUGUAAUUCCAUUCACAGCAAUUACGGUCGGUGCUGCAUAAGAGAGUUAUGAUUCCAGCAGUAAAUAGGCAGCGAGAUCAAAUCUUGACUCAUAAAAUUAGGUUUCUUUCUGUAAUUCCUGCUUGAUCCCAGCUCCACUCUCAUGCAAUGCACUCCAGAGGGUUAUUUUUGCUUUGCUAUUGCAACCACAGCCAGGCAGGAUUUCAGCCUUCAUCUGGCUGGGCAUUUUUAAGGUUUGUUCUUCCUUAGGCUGUGAUGAUCUUCAGUCACUGAUGGGCUCUGUGCUGUUGGAUCCUUGCUCUGUCGCCCAGCAAAAUCACAUUUAUUCAGGAUACCUGCUAGAGAACUUUUCACUAAAUUCUGAGCAGGAUGGGCUGUGCUAUAAUCCCUCUUUUCUCUCUCCCCUCAUUGUGGCAGGGACAUGGACAGUCAGAUAUGUUCAGCUGCAGUGGAUGCUGAUUUUUUUUUUGCCCUGCCAAAGGAGAAUUUGGAAUGAUAUCAUUGGUCACUCUGGGUGUGUGUUCUUAUCUCCUUCCUGGUUUGUGUGUUUUAAGCAGAAAGCCCAUAAUUUAUGGACUGUACCAGUGGGGUGGCUCGGAGAUCAAACACCAAAGGGAAAAAAAUCUGGCUGAGAACAAGUGCCCUGGAGGGGAUGUGUUUUAUUAAUCCACUAAUUAAGAACACCCAAACAAGGCUAUCAGGAACAAGAUGCCCAUGAAGUUUAACCUCCUUUAGCCUUAAAAAGUAAAAAGUUAUGGAUCCUUUGUACUUUUCCAACGCGUUCGGCGCCGAGGGCGGUUCCGGCGGCGGGAAUUCCUCCCUGCUGACGAACACGACGGAGAACGGGACCCUCCCGGAGCAGCCCCCCUUCAAGUACGUCCACAAAGUGCUCAUCCCCAUCUGCUACCUCCUGGUGUGCGCCGUGGGGCUCAGCGGGAACACGCUGGUCAUCUACGUGGUGCUGCGUCACGCCAAGAUGAAAACCGUCACCAACAUCUACAUCCUCAACCUGGCCGUGGCCGACGUGCUCUUCAUGCUGGGCCUGCCCUUCCUGGCCACCCAAAACGCCAUCUCCUACUGGCCCUUUGGCUCCUUCCUCUGCAGGCUGGUCAUGACCGUGGACGGCAUCAACCAGUUCACGAGCAUCUUCUGCCUGACGGUGAUGAGCAUGGACCGGUACCUGGCCGUGGUUCAUCCCAUCAAAUCCACCAAGUGGAGGCGGCCCAGGGUGGCCAAGCUCAUCAGUGUGACCGUGUGGACAUUCUCCUUCUUGGUGGUGCUUCCAGUCAUCAUCUUCUCGGACGUGCAGGAGGACUUUCAGACCUGCAACAUGAACUGGCCGGAGCCCGUCAACAUCUGGUCGGCGGCUUUCAUCGUCUACACCUCGGUCCUGGGCUUCUUUGGGCCUCUGCUGGUGAUCUGCCUCUGCUACUUGCUGAUUGUCAUCAAGGUCAAGUCCUCAGGGGUCCGGGUGGGGUCUACGAGGCGCAGGAGGUCGGAGAGGAAGGUGACCAGGAUGGUGGUGAUCAUCGUGGUGGUCUUCGUGCUCUGCUGGCUCCCCUUUUACACCAUGAACAUCGUCAACUUGAUAUUCAUCCUGCCAGCAGACCCCGUGCUGGAGGGCUUGUACUUCUUUAUGGUGGUGCUGUCCUAUGCAAACAGCUGUGCCAACCCCAUCCUUUACGGGUUCCUCUCUGACAACUUCAAGCAGAGCUUUCAGAAAGUCCUUUGCCUGCGGAAGGGCAACGGCGUGGAGGACGGGGAGCCCGUGGAACACAGGCAGGAGAACAGCAGCCGCCUGCAGGAGUCCAUGCUGACCCAGAGGAACGUGGAGUUCAACGGCCACAUGCAGACCAGCAAGGUCUGAGGGCGUGGGCUGGGGCUGCAGAGGGUUCUGGGAGAGCUGGAGAACUUGGGGGGCCUCGAGGAGAGAUGAAUUCGUGGCAGAGGUGAAAGGUGGAGACCCACAGGCUCCAAUAAAUGUACAUAGAAGUGGCUUCACUCCCCUCCCUUCCCCAGCUCGGAGUGGUGGGGGCUGUACUGGGCUGUGGCCAAGCUCUCGUGGUGACCUGGGUCAUGAGGGACCACUUUGGGUCCUCUGGAGAACUGAUUUCCAGGCUUUGUACUGCCCUAGUGAUGCAAAACCACACGAAAUCAGUUUUAACCACCUUGUUAAGCUGGGCUUGUGGCUGCUCUGCACUGCUGGCAGCAGCUCAAAGCAGAAAACAACUCAGACAGUGUCUCUGAGAUCCUUCAAGGGGAUCUCUUACGAGAAAAAUGCUGUUUCUUAAAAGAAUUUCAUACCCAAAAGGCCCCAGCGCUGACCUCAGAGCUGUGCAUGAGCCGUGGUUGGAACCUGCUGGGUGCUCCUUCUGCAUUGGUUUAGUGUCAUGAUCCAUCUAAGGGAUUCAUGGUGCCCAGGAAUCCUUCAAGAAUGAGAAAAAAAAACAUGAUUAGGAAGACCUUUCUGAAAGGAUUCAGUGUAUUCAUGAUGUUCUCACAUUCUAACCCAAAGUGCAUAAAAAACGUGAUGUGACCACUCUGUUGUUCUGUCAGUGCUGAUCAUUGUGAAGUCCUGGGGAGCUGUCGUGUGUAUUUAUUGGUUCUGAAUGUCAGUCUGGACGUGGAUAUAAACUGUAUUUUCAGAAAUUAAAACAAGUUCAACCCCC